GCAUAAUAAUUUGCUUAGUUGGAACCCCAAGCGACUCCAUGGGCCACCUCUCCAAACGACCUCGACCGUUGACUCUCUCUCUCUCCUCUCCCCCUCAGGUAAGGCAGACACUGCUCCAAAAUUCCAAAUCCCUUUCCGCACCACCGACAUCUCACCUUGCAAAAGUUGCAAUCACACCCCUCUAGAGAGAGAGAGAGAGAGAGAGAGAGAGAGUAAUCUUCGGUUGAUCAACUCCUUUCAAUUCAGAAAACUCCUAUUUCCUUCAAAAUUCUCAAGAAAAAAACGCAUAUAACGACUCAACAAAUGGACGAGUUCGGCGUUUUGGUGGAAAGCAUAGGCUUCAAAGCGCAGGGAAAAUCGGCCCCGCUCUCCGAUUUAAAGACCAAGUCGCGAAAUCUGGGUCUCAAUUCCGGUUUCACCCCCAAGCCACCGUCGAAUUCCGCAAACGGGUCCUUCAACAACAAUUCAGGUGGUUUUGAUGCUUUCGACGACGUAUUCGGUGGACCCGUUAGGAAGCCAUCGGGUGGAGUUGGGUUUGAUUUGGGUUCCAUUUUCAAUGGCUCGAGUAAUAAUGUUAGUGGGAAUUCCUUUGUGUAUGAUGACGACGACGAUAUAUUUGGUGUAAUGCCGAAGAAGAGUGCCCAGAAGGAGGACUUGUUUGGGAGUUUUGGGGGCGUGGGGUUGGGAUCCAAUGGUGCGAGGGGGAAGAAAGUGGAGAAGAAGGGUCAGGGAUUUGAUGAUUUGAUUCCUGGGUUUGGUGGGAGCAGCCCUUCAAGGAAUGGAGGAAAUGCAGAAACAAGCUGGUCUUCACUGUCAAGUGGUCAUUCAGCUAAGUCAACCUCUAUUUCAGCAGACGAUCCCUUUGUAUUCUUGGAACAAUCAUCUUCCCAGGCAUAUAGUUCUUCUGGUUUGUUUUCAGAACCAUUGAAAAAAUAUGCAGGAAAGAGCUCAGUUUUCUCUUCAUUUGAUGAACUUGAGGGUUUUGCCAUGGGUAAGGUGCAGAAUAUGGCCAAUGAGCAAUCCAAUUACUUCCAGAAGGAAAGAGCUGAGUCAGCUACCCAAGAUCUAGACUCCAUUUUUGGUAUGGGUUCUAAACCAAGCACUGGCUCAACGCGUAAGGCUAAAACAGUGGACCCUGUGUAUGAUUCAUUAUUCCAAAGCAGAGGAAACCCUGUUGCCAAAAAAGCUCCUCCGACCUCAUCCGCUGCAAAGAAGGCUUCUCCUAAUACAAAUAUUGGCAAUGACUUUUCUUUCAUUUUUGGAGAAGUUGCUCCUUCAUCUGGAGAAUUUCAGGAAAUUAAAGGAGAAAGUGAAGAAAGACGAAAAGUCAGAUUAAACCAUCAUAUGAGAACCCAGAAGCGGAUGGCAAAAGCUUUGGCAGAAAAGAAUCAGCGUGACUUUCAGACUCAGCAGGAGCAAGAAGAGAGACAUAGGAUUGCUGAUACUCUGGAUGACGAUAUAAAGCGGUGGGCUGCAGGGAAGGAAGGCAAUUUGCGUGCACUGUUGUCAUCAUUGCAAGAUGUGCUAUGGCCGGACUGUGGUUGGCAGCCAGUUUCGUUGACGGACUUGAUUACUUCUGUUUCAGUAAAGAAGGUUUAUUAUAAAGCUACCUUAUGCGUCCAUCCUGACAAGGUUCAACAGAAAGGUGCCAAUAUUGAACAAAAGUAUACUGCUGAGAAGAUUUUUGAUCGUCUCAAGGAAGCUUGGAAUAAAUUCAAUGCCGAAGAACUUUGAGUGAAAUGGUAUUCUGUAGUAAAGAAUGUUGGAACCACUUCAUUGACUAAAUCACGCAAGGUUUCUUUUGGGUCUGGAGGUUUAUACUUCCAAUGCAACUCUCGGAAUGCAACGGGCAUAAUGUUGUCAUACUUGCUGAUGAACUGUUUUUUUAUCAGCGCAUGGUUAUCUACCAAUAAGCUUGAAUCAAAAUUGACAUUGCCACUGAAUAUGCACGAGGUUUGGUCCGUUAGGUACAUAUCGGAUAGCUGCUUGUUGUAAAGUGAUAUCAUGGAUGCUGGUUGUUACGCAGGAAAUUUCAUAGGCAGACCCAUUUGAUUUUAGUUUUAGCCCUUGGUUUUGAUUUGUUAGCUUAUUAUGCGAUCUGUGCUGGCUUCACGUGUCAUAUUCGUAUUGACCCGGUUAAUGUGGCUUUGGGUCAGGAUAUUAUUUAGGAUAUGGUUAAGCUUUUACAUGGUCUUUCUCCCAUUUUUUUUCAUUCCAAUUUGGGAUCCCAGUGAAAUCAAAUUAUAAUUAUAUACUACCCAUUUUAUGUC